AUCAAAAAAUACAAGAAGGAAAUGAAGAUGAAGAUGAAGAUUUAUCUUCUGAUGAAGCAACUCAUCCUGAAGCAUACAUUACAAGUAGACCUAUACCUUCUGUUGAUUAUAACAUAGAUAAUCUGGUUGCUAGAUUAAAAUUGUUCAACAAUAUAUCAAUCUAA